CCCCUGCGAGGGAUUUUCUGUGUGUGAGACUGGGUCAGACGGACGCAAAAUUCCGCCCCAGCUGCUGCUUCCUUCCAAGGCAAGGCAAAUCCGGCAUCCAAGGACAAAAGAGCGAGCUCAGUGGAAACUGCCACCGAGGGGCAGUCAUCAGGCCAAAUACUCCCCACUUCAUCUAAUACUGGGAAAAGCUAAUUGAAUUCCCAUCAUGGACAGAGCAGACGUGAGCAAGUUUAACAUCUCUCCAGAUGAAGACAGCAGUAGCUAUAGCUCCAACAGCAAUGACUUCAAUUAUCCAUAUCCAACCAAAGCACCUACGAGACCAUGUGUAGACAGGGAUCCAGAAAAUCAAAAUUUCCUGCUUGAAUCCAAUCUUAGAAAGAAGAAGUAUGACAUUGAAUAUCAUCCAGGUACUACUUCCUUUGGAAUGUCAGCGUUUAAUCUGAGCAAUGUUAUUAUGGGUAGUGGCAUCCUUGGACUUUCUUAUGCCAUGGCAAACACUGGAAUUGUUCUUUUUGUGAUCCUCUUGGUGGUUGUGUCAAUAUUCUCUUUAUAUUCAGUUCAUCUUCUCCUAAAGACUGCCAAUGAAGGAGGAUCUCUAUUAUAUGAACAGCUAGGAAUGAAGGCAUUUGGUUUGGCUGGGAAAAUUGCGGCUUCUGGAUCAAUUACAAUGCAGAACAUUGGAGCUAUGUCAAGCUACCUCUACAUAGUGAAAUAUGAGUUGCCAUUGGUCAUCAAGUCAUUUAUGAACAUCGAAGAGAACACAGGAGAAUGGUAUCUUAAUGGUGACUGUUUGGUUGUGCUGGUGUCUAUAGUGUUCAUUCUUCCUUUGUCACUGCUGAAAAAUUUAGGAUAUUUAGGAUAUACAAGUGGCCUUUCCUUAAUGUGUAUGGUCUUCUUCCUUAUUGUUGUAAUUUGCAAGACGUUCCAAAUCCCUUGUCCUUUGGGAUUGGAGUAUGACAUGAUGAACACAACUCUGAAUGGCACAUUGGCACACCUGGCAACUGCUGCACCUUUGCAUGGAACAGCACAAAACAUGACUAGUGAUGACAUGUGCAGGCCAAAAUAUUUCGUCUUCAACUCACAGACUGUCUAUGCCGUACCAAUCCUAACAUUCUCUUUUGUCUGCCAUCCUGCUAUUCUUCCUAUUUAUGAAGAACUGAAAGGCCGAACCCGUAGAAGAAUGAUGAAUGUGUCCAAUGUUUCGUUUUUUGCCAUGUUUAUAAUGUACCUAUUGGCUGCUCUCUUUGGAUACCUGACAUUUUAUGGAAAUGUUGAAGCAGAAUUGCUUCAUACUUACUCUGAAGUCCUGGGUUCUGAUGUUAUUAUUCUUAUUGUGCGUCUGGCUGUACUUAUGGCUGUAACACUUACUGUACCUGUAGUUAUCUUCCCAAUCCGCACUUCAAUUACACAGCUGUUUUGUGCAGAGAAGGAGUUCAGUUGGUUACGUCACAGUUUAAUUACAGUUUUUGUUUUGGCAUUUACCAAUGUUCUCGUAAUCUUUGUCCCUUCCAUUCGAGAUAUAUUUGGAUUCAUUGGUGCCUCUGCUGCUGCCAUGCUGAUCUUUAUACUUCCUUCUGCUUUCUAUAUCAAACUAGUGAAGAAAGAACCUCUGAAAUCAGUGCAGAAGAUUGGGGCUAUACUCUUCCUGGUGAGUGGCCUGUUUGUGAUGAUUGGAAGCAUGAUCUUGAUUAUUAUGGAUUGGAUCCAUAAUUAUGCAUCUGGUGGACAUUAA